AUGUUUUCUUUAAAUAUUCUUCUAAGUGUCUUCUUUGUGUAUUCAUCUGUUACUUCAGUAACAUUAGCAGAUGAAGGAUCUGACGUUGAUGGUAUUGGCAUAUCAACGAUUGUGGAAUUAAAAAUUUUAGAUAUCCAAACUAGCUUUGAAGACUUUAUUAGGGAUUCGGGAUUAAUUCAAGUCGCUCGACGAAGUAAAAAUGGCAACGAGGCUCUUCGUUACACUUUUGGAACCCGAGAUUAUUCAAAGGAUAAAAUAGUUUCUCAAGGAUCUGGUUGGCAAUCAUUUAGUAUGCCAAAAAAUAUUCAGCUUCGUUUGGAUUAUCCAUCGAGAGGAAAUGGUGCGCUUGUAACAUUUGUAGAAAUCGAUGUCCAACAAAGUUCUAAAAAUGGUAGAGCUUAUAUUUUAUCAGGCGGAACUAAUAAGCGUGAAAUUGAAAUUAUGGUAGAAGGUAAAGCAACUUCUUAUUUAAAAUAUUCUUACAAAGUUUAUGGAAUUUAUAAUUAAAAC